AUUCGAUGGAACCGUACUUCGCUGAUUAAUCUGAUUUCUAAAAAGAUUGGCUGCAGAAUUUGGAGACAAUGCAUCAAGAUCAUCAGUGGUAAAGUAUUCACUGUAAGUAUAGUAUUUAAAUGGAUCGGGCGAAUGGACUAUCGUGGACGAUGACGAUGCUGAGAUUUCUGCGAAUAGUUUCCUUUCUUUGUACCGCAAAGGCCGUAAAGGCUGCACAUUUUGGCGCAAACUAUUCCACAUUCGAGCUUCGGUAUACCGAGCAUUGGCAGGUUGUGGAAUGCCAAGGAACCCCGCGAAUGUAAGGGCUUCUACUUCCCGUGGAUCAGACGGAGUUAA